ACUGCACUGCAAGGAUUCCACGUUACCCUUUUUUUUUGAAGAAUAUCAAAAACCCAUAUAGACCCUACCCAUGAAUAAUCCAUUGCACAACCAUUAUGGACCCAGAAACCGAAUUCGACACGGAUAUCAUGAUCCUAGACUAUGUAUGCAGCAGAGCCACACACGCGCUCCUGUUGACGCGCAUCGCGGAAUUGAGUGACAGACCAGCACAUGCACACCUUGAUCUAUUGAACAUAUUCGACACAUGGCAACUCCUCGUCUCGCACAAACACAGCGCCACGCGCCAAAUCUCAAUCGACCUACAAGCAAAGCUACAAUUAAUAUCAUUCACAACUCGAUUUUUUGCAAGAGCACGAAAAUCAAAAUGGCGCGAUGAUAAUUCGCGCCAACAACCCGCGAAAAAGGGUGGCACAUUUUCGAAUACGGCUUAUAUGACUAUGCUUGAGAUAUUGCGUAUCCCGCGAGAGGAGCGGUUGGAUGAUCGGUUUCGGGUUCUGUCGUUGAUGGACAUGUUUCAGGGCUUUUUGGAGUUGUGUGCUACGAUGAUUGGGGGUAUGGCAGUGCCGGAUGAGGAUGGUAUAGUCGAGGUACUGGGUAAAUUCAUCAUCCAAGCGGUCCUUGAGCAGUACACACUCUUCGGAAAGACGGCCUCAGACGCAAUAGUCGAGGCAUCGUCACUAUUGUCACGUCAAAAUCCAAUAGAGACUACAACUAAAUUGCUCUCAACUAUACAGUCUUCAUAUCUCAACCUCCUCCAUCCGCCACCCGUCUCUAGUCAACAGAGAGAAUCACAAGAAACGCAUCUGAAUCGUCUUGCGCAACAAUUUCCGGCCUUUGAUUUUGAGUCUAUGCUCAUUAUGAAAUUGCAGGAGUUUUUGUUCGGACUUGAGACGCCUGUGCUUGUGAAGCUUGAGACAGGGGAAAUGGAUCUGUAUAAUGAGAAAAAUAUUGUAUGA